GAGCCGAAAUCAUUCUGUUGCCGAUUCCCACCACGCCUGCCUUCUUCCAAGUGCUGGUCACAUGAAACGUUCAGCUAGCAUAUGGUCAAAAAUAACAGGCACAGAGAAUGACUGGGAAGCCUACUUUUUUUAUCAGAGUCUGCACCGUAGCCAUGGCUCGCCAUAUUGCCCGUGUGAGAAGAUCUUUGCACAGUGGCAACUUCAUGGUUCAUCCAUGUGUGAAGGAAGCUGUGGAUGGUGGGAGACCUGUUGUUGCCUUGGAGAGCACAAUCAUUACCCACGGCAUGCCCUAUCCCCGGAAUCUGAGCAUGGCCAGAGAGGUGGAAGAAAUUGUACGAACCAAUGGAUCUGUGCCAGCAACAAUUGGUGUCAUAAAUGGAUGCAUCCGUGUUGGGCUCCAGGAUGAAGAACUUGAGUUUCUGGCAAAGAGCAAAAAUGUUGUGAAGGUGUCUCGGAGAGAUCUUCCCUAUGUUCUCAGCCAGGGCUUAUCUGGUGGUACUACGGUGGCAGGCACCAUGUUUCUGGCACACAAAGCAAAGAUCCCCGUGUUUGUGACAGGAGGAAUUGGAGGGGUCCACCGUGGAGGAGAGAAGACUUUGGAUGUGAGUGCAGAUCUGACAGAGUUAGGCCGGACUCCAGUGGCUGUGAUUUCUGCGGGUGUCAAGUCUAUACUUGAUAUUGGCAGGACGCUGGAAUAUUUGGAAACUCAAGGGGUCUGUGUGGCUACCUUUGGAGAAUCCAGAGAGUUUCCAGCCUUCUUUUCCCAUCAGAGUGGCUUCCAGGCACCUCAUCAGGUGCAAAAUGUGGACGAAGCUGCCCAGAUGAUUGCCAAGUCAUUAAUGCUGCAGUUGGGCAGUGGAGUGUUGAUUGCAGUGCCUUGUCCUAAAGAUCAAGCUGCUUCCUGGCAACUUAUUGAAGAAGCAAUAAAACAGGCUUUGAAUGAAGCUCUGGAAAGAGGGAUCACAGGAAAAGAGCUAACACCCUUUUUGCUGCAAAGGGUGAAUGAGUUAUCUAGUGGGGAGUCACUGAAAGCCAACAUUGCCUUGAUCAAGAACAAUGCCAGAGUGGGCAGUCGCAUAGCUGUGGCCUUGAAUAGGAUCCAGAGAGCCCAGGAAGGGAGAGAUGGCUCCCUUCGGAAUGAAAAUAGAUCUCCCACGCCCAGACUGGUGGUCAUUGGUGGCAUCAAUGUUGACAUCAUAGCCAAGGCAAAAAAUGCAGCAAUAGAGUAUGGAGGGCAGACAAAUUUAUCCCCAGUGAGACAAUCAUUUGGUGGUGUGGGGAGAAACCUAGCAGAUUGUUUAAGUCGUCUUGGGAGGAUGCCAUUCUUCAUCUCAGUCUUGGGCAACGAUGAGCAUUCUGAAUCUGUCCUACGAUACUGCAGGCACAUGGAUAUGGCAGGUGUCUCGCAACUGAAAGGGCACAACACAGCCACUUACUGUGCAGUGAUCACAGGCCGCGGAGAACUCACCCUUGGCUUGGGAGAUAUGGACAUCCAUCAGCAGAUCACAGAGCAAUACGUGUCCCAAUUCAAAGAGAAUCUCUGUUUGGCCCCACUAAUAUGCAUGGAUGGGAAUGUUCCAGUUUCCACCAUUGAAUACAUCUGUCAGAUUGCCAGAGAACAUCACCUGACAGUGUGUUAUGAGCCGACAGACGUGGACAAGGCAUCCAAGCCAUUCUUCUCAGACAGCUGGAAAACCCUGGCCUGCAUAUCGCCCAACCUCCGGGAACUCAGAGCAAUCAGUUGGACCCUGGGAUAUCCUGCGCCAGCAGAUCUGCCUUCUAAGCUGGAUGCCAUCCUGGAGAUUGCUGCGACCCUGGCCUGCCCCUUGCUGAAGGAGUUGCACUGUGUUAUGGUGACACUUGGCCAACAUGGAGUCCUGGUGUGUGGACGGAAUGUGGGCGGGAGUGUCUCUCUUCACCCUGGAAUUUGCAACAAGGGUGCUACGAAGGAGUUGUGUGCUUCUUACUACCCAGCAAUCCCUGUCCCUGCAGAGGAGAUAGUGAAUGUCUCAGGCGCCGGUGACAGUUUGAUGGCUGGAGUCAUUGCCGGGCUGCUUGCUGGGGAGGACACAGACACCUGCAUCCGACUGGGCCUCCUGUCUGCCAGCCUCUCCCUGCGUUCUUUUGAACCUGUUUCACCAGCGAUCAAUCCUACCAGCGUAAGUGUAGCGAUGGUCAAGGCUCUGAGCUGGCCUGCAGCAAAGAGGUGGAAGCUGCCUUAGAAAUUCUACUGAAGAGCUUAAGAUGAUACUCUAUCCUACGUUCAGCUGUCUUGGUACUGGGAAUAUGUGGACACACUCAAAUGGCCCUUUGGCCCCGAUAUGGACAUUUUUUUUCCAGUUUGAAGCAAAUGAGUUUUGUUCUUAUUCCAGAUUGACAGGAGGGGAGGAGAGCCCUGUCAAAUGCUGCUCUGAUUACUUCACAUAGCCCAAUUAUUAGAAGUGUUCAAAGCAUAACCACCAUUAUAACCUUUCAUUACUCGAGGAAGUGUGAGCCCUGCAGCCUUUGUACACUGUCCAGAUUAGGCACAUUCACAGAGACAUACUUAACUGGAAUACAUUUGUACUUCUGCUAAUCAGGCAGAGAAGGUAACGAGCCAUGUAUGGCAGUGAAGUCCUGGACCCUUUACCACCUAGUCCUGCUCUUCUGCUUCAAGCAAUUAGGAGGCCUCGGCCACUUAAAAGAACUUUCAUCUGCUUCAGCCCCUUGGAUCAGCUGCACUGUAAUGGAAACUUGUGCCAAGCAAAAUGUUUUAAUCUUUAAGACGCCCCAAGAUGUUCAGUUAUUUUUGCAAGAGAAUAAUACAGCUGCUCCUUUUCGAACUGUCCUAAUUUGGGAGUUUUAGCCAGGUGUUGCUCACCUGUUUUAAGGUCUGUGGCCCUAAUCCAGCUACAAUUAGUCACAACCCAGACUUUGCACACACUUAACCUAUGAGUCAACCUUUCUGGGUAUGUGGGACUUGCUUCUUGAGUAAAUCUCCAUAGGAUGGAUUGUAAAUAUGCUCCAGGGAAAUACAUGGAUUGAGUCAUUUUAAAGUAUUCCCCAUUGACAGCAACACAAAGUUUUCUUUUUGUUUUUUAAGUGGCAGCGCUGUAAAAGCCUGCCACUGAAGCCAUGAGGCAAUUGCUUUGAGUGUAAGCUCUCUGGAGACAGGGCUCUGUCUGUGUAUUGCUUAUGAAGCGACAUAAAGCAUCCGUAUAUCUAAUAAACAUGGAGAUUAAUUACUUGA